AUGAAGAUUUUUAAAAUAUUAUAUUUUAUUAGUGUGUUGUUAGUUAUUAAUUUGUCAACGUUUUGGCAUGAUAUUAAUUUGUUUGUUACUUUAGAAAAUGUAAUACAACACAAGUACAUCCCUAUAUUAUGGAAUAAAAAAGAAAGAAAUCUUGCAGAAGGUGGUUUAGAGGAUAGUUCUUCAAGUAAUAUUAGAACACACCAACGUCCAGAUCUACUUGAUGAAGAAAUCUUAUUAAAAAUAAGUGAAUGUUCCGAAUUAGAAUACAUGUCAACUAAGGAAAUAGUAUAUUUAAUAACUGAUAAUAAUAAAAAUCCUGAAGAAAUAAUUAAUAAUAUUGGAUUAAUUCAAAGUAGUAUUCUUGGAAAACUUCAGCAAGAAAAUAUUGAAUUAACACAUAGUGUCCUUUGGAAUAUGUCAUUAAGGAUAGCUCAACGCCUUGGUGAGAUUUUUAGAUCUGGUCCUUUACAAAGAGAAGAAGUUCAAGCAAAAUUAAGGGUGUACAUUGUAGAGCCCAUAACAGUAUCUCAUAUUAUAGAAAAUAGUUUUAGUAGCAGUGAUUUAUUAAAUAUAAAAUGUACCAUUUAUAAUUUGGGUACUAUAAGGAAUGAGAUUGCCAAAAGAAUAAGUACUAAGAAAAUUUCUUUAUCUAAUUUCUUGUUAAAUAAUAUGAUGUACAGAAUAAGUAUGUUCUUCAAUGAUAUAUUUGAUAUGCAUGGUCUACUUCAAUAA